GGCUUUGUAGCAAUGGCGUCUGGUGCUUCAGGAGGAAACAACGAUUACAUUCUGGACCAGCGAGCCAUUGACGCCGAACUCAUCAAGUACCCGCCAGAAGUAGAAGAGGUUCUGAAGGAGUUGUUUCCCAGCGAAGACCCCUUGGAUGACCCAAACUUCAAUAUAGUGAAUUACAUCAACACGCUCUUCCCUACCGAGCAGAGCCUGGCCUCUAUUGACGACGUAGUUGGCAAAAUAUGUCAGAAAACACAAAGUCUUGACGAUGAGAUCCGAGGCGUGAUCCGCACUCAAACUGAGACCACUUCGGAUGGCAACGCGGCGUUACAUGAGGCCGAAAAUGCGAUUGAAACUCUCUUUGUUCGCAUUCUAGACAUCAAGGAGAAGGCGGAACAGUCUGAACGGAUGGUGAAAGAAAUCACGCGAGAUAUCAAGAAACUAGACAAUGCUAAGCGGAAUCUCACAACUGCGAUCACUACAUUGAAUCACCUGCAAAUGCUAGUUAGUGGCAUCGACUCACUGCAACAUUUGAGCAGGAAAAGGCAGUACGGCGAAGUUGCCAGCAUGUUGGAAGGCUUGCUUGACGUGCUGGUAUACCUGGAUAAAUAUAAUGCAAUUCCGGAAAUCAAAGAACUCUCCACUCAAAUGACAGCACUUCAGACCCAACUGGGAGAGCAGAUCUUGGUCGAUUUCAAGGAUGCUUUUAAGCCAGGUGGCAAUCCAGUUGCUGCUUCUAAGCAGCUGUCAGAAGCGUGUCGAGUGGUGAACAUUCUGGAGCCCAAGUACAAGAGAGACCUGCUGGCGUGGUUCAUCGAGGUGCAGCUGCAGGAGUAUUUGGUUCUCUUCAGUCCCGAUCAAGACUCGGCCUGGUUGGAUAAGAUUGACAGACGCUUUUCCUGGAUCAAGAAAACUCUGGCUGAUUUUGAGCACAAGUUCAAUCACAUUUUUCCUGCUCAUUGGAUGGUAGGCAAACUAAUCUGUGUCGAGUUUGCGAGGAUAACACGAGAGGAGCUGACCAAAGUGAUGCGAAAUAGACAGAGCGAAAUCGAAGUGAAAUUAUUGCUGUUCGCUAUUCAGAAAACAACUGCUUUUGAGGAAGUGAUGAGCAAAAAGUUUGCAAAAGACGCUGAUACUUUGCCUGCCUCUACGAAGCAAAGUUCAGCACAGCCGCACGAUUCAAUUGAUGACAAUGUUGGAGUGUUUUCAGGUUUAAUUUCACGAAGUUUUGAACCCUAUUUGCAUAUUUACAUCGAGUCGCUCGAUAAAAAUUUGAGCGAGAUGAUAGCUAGAUUUUCGUCGGAUGUGAAGAGAAACCCGAUUCCGCAAGCGACUGAUGAACAGGCGGUGACAUUGCCAUGCUGUGCCGACUUCUUCGUGUACUACAAAAAGUGUCUGAUUCAGUGUUGCCAGUUGAGUACAGGAACAUCUCUCUUGUCUCUCACCAACAUCUUUGCCAAGUACCUGAACGAGUUUGCAAACCGAGUUCUAUUAAUGAACUUGCCCAACAAGGCUACAAUCAGAGAGUCUGGAAUUGGGAUGAGUUUGGGGGCCAAUUUGACCAGUCUGCUAAGUGAGAAGGAACCGGUUUCGGCUAAGCUAGUGCAAGACGAAGUGAGAUUGUGCUGUGUGUUGUUGAGUUCAGCAGAGUACUGUUUGGAAACAGCCGUUCAAUUGGAAGAGAAGCUGAAAAGCAAGAUCAAUUCAGACCUGCAGGACAAAGUGUCCUUUGCCAGUCAGUACGACUCCUUCCAUAAUGUGAUCUCGGCCUGCAUUCAGCUUCUAGUGCAGGACUUGGAGAACUCCUGUGAGCCGCCUCUGGUUGCCAUGUCCAAGUUAAACUGGCUCGCAUUCGAUUCGGUACGAGACACGAGCAAUUACGUCAAUGCAAUUAACACACAUAUCAAAAUGAACGUUCCAAUUAUACGAGACUGUCUCGCCUCGGCUAGGAAAUAUUUCACCCAAUUUUGCGUCAAGUUUGUCAAUUCUUUCAUCCCGAAGUUCAUAUCCUAUGUGGUAAAAUGCAAGCCUCUCAUUAGUAUAGUAGGUAACGAGUAUAGAACGUUUGGAGCUGAGCAGCUGUUGUUAGAUACUCAUUCUUUGAAGACUAUUUUGAUGGAUCUUCCCUCUAUAGGUAGCCAAGUUGUGCGGAAGCCACCUGCAAGCUACACUAAAAUAGUAGUUCGAGAAAUGACGCGAGCCGAGAUGAUGCUGAAAGUGGUCAUGUCCAAAAUUGACAGUCCACGUGACUAUGUGGAGUAUUACCUGAAGCUAAUGCAAGACUAUGACUUGGCAAUGUUCCAGAAGCUUCUAGACAUGAAGGCGAUGAAGAAGCAUGAUCAGAUGCCUCUGCUUGAUUUGUUCAGAGCCAGGGUGGCCCAAGUGCACGAUUCGAACCGGGGAGCACAAGCAACGGCAUCUGGAGGGAACAUGGACGCAUCCAACACACACUCCAUAUUGUCUUCUUCGUCCGUCAUGAACAAUCACGCCCAUGCUAUGAGUAACCAUAGUGGCAGCAGCGGGGGAGUUCAGAGUGCUUCACAGCCAUCUGCUCAGCCAAUCGAAAACGAAUCAAGCCGAAUGAGGAGGCUGGAGAAGCUGAUCAAACGCAAACUAUGAUAGCUCAUAGGGUAGACCCCCUAUUACUUAGAUAAACAUUAUUUAUUCCAAAUUAUAUUCUGAAACUCCGAAAACACUUUGGUAGUAGUUUGUAUAGGCGACCUUAAAAGAUGCAUGUGGUAUAGGAGAAUUUAAGACAAAUUGAGAAUAAAAGAGUUGAUUUGACUACUUAUGGGGAAAAAUGUUGAAUUGAUUAUUGUACAGCGCAACAGAAAGGAGCUUUCGCUUUCCUAACAUCGCUGCAACCUUCCAGUUAUUAAUGUUGAUUUCAGAACCAACUUUGCUUGAACGAUUUUCAACGAGCUUAAUUGUUGUGCUAAUCAGACAUGUCAUACUCUGCACUUCUCAAUUGUCGCGAAACCCACCCCCUUCCUCCUUCAUGGACCCUAUAGAAUAUUGACCCCUCCAAAUCUGGGGUGGGGUGGAGGGGAGAGGGGAGGAGAGGGAUCCGAAUGGCUCGCACCGGAAUGCUUAGAAAAACCUGCCAUUUUUGACAGCUCCAAAUAAAAACAAGAAUUGCUGGUUACUGUGCAAGUAGCACAAUGUUCCCACCAUACUCAAUAAAAAAGUUUUUCUUCUAUAAUUUAGUGUCGU